CAUAACACUCAACACACCACACACACACACACACACACACACACACACACACUCACUCCUCACUCACUCACUCUCUCUCUCUCGUCUGUCCGACAGUCACUUAAAUGGCAUUUUCCCGACAUAUACCUGACGGCAAGACCGCCGCCACAACCACCGUUACUAAGAAGAAGUCCGAGGUCCCAACUCCGCCGCCUAACUGCUGCGUCACGUGCCUUGUGAGACUCAUCAGAAAACUGAAGAGAAAAGGGAAGUUGUUGCUGGCUACGACGGCUCGGAGACAAGGGAGAUCGUUGCAAUGCCGGUACGAUCCAAUGAGCUAUUCACUCAACUUCGACGAAGGCGCGUGUGGUUCACUUCCCGGUGAUGAGGAUUAUUACUUUCGGUUCUAUGCAUUUUCUUCGAGAUACGUUACUAAUACUAUCAAAAAGAAACCAUCACUUCCACGUGAAUCCUUCUCUACCGCUUCACAUGAAUUCUAAUGAUUUGUCAUUUGGGGGUAUUUUUUUUUUGUUAGCUUGGUUUUUUAGUUUCUUAGAUUUAAAUCUAUCAUUUGUUGUUCUUAAUUGAAGUACGUGUACUAAGAAAAUGAUAUCACUAUUAGUUUGGACUUUGGAGAAAGUUAUUCUUGUUUUAUGGAACAUAUAUUUGUAAGUUUUAUCAU